UCAGAAGUUGCCCUCAACAGAGGCAAACACUUGCAACUUCAUUUUCUAAACAUCUUUUUCUUUUUUUUUUUUAUUUGUAUUUGCAAUUAUUUAUUUUUUUUUCCACGGAAUUCGACGUGAACAAAUCAAACAUGGGCGUAUGCCGCUUGCACUGGAUUUCGGAAGUCGGCGAGGUGUGAGAGGAAGGAGGGAGGAAGGCGACUUUGACAUCAGACAAAGGAGAAUCAAAAUGCUACUCCCUUUGUCACUGCCAGCCUUGCUAAUAUUAGCUGCAGUUCUGCUAAAUGCGGCACAAUGUGAGGGAACGGUGGCAGAACUCAAAGCCGGCUCCCCGCUGAGAUUCACACACCACCUCUACAACGCCACCAUCGACGAGAACUCCGGCACGGGGUCGUAUGUGGAGACUCCGGUGAAGAUGGGCGUGGAGAUGACAGAUGCAUUCUGGGAAAUCAAAUACGCGGUUGUCUCCGGGGACGACGGCGGCUUUUUCCAAGCGGAGAACUUCAGAGUUGGAGAUUUUUGCUUCCUGAGGAUCAAAAGUCAACAUGCGGCGCUCCUGAACAGGGAAGUGAGGGACACCUACACGCUGACCGUGGAGGCCACGGAGAACACUCAGGAACUCCAAGCCAAGACCAAAGUCUUAGUCCAGAUCCUGGACACAAACGACCUCAAGCCUCUUUUUGACCCAUCCUCAUACAGCGUGGCCAUCAAGGAAGAUGCUCCACUUCAGUCCAGUCUGGUCAGGGUUAGCGCAGCGGACGCAGACACGGGCAGCAAUGCCGAGUUCUACUACUCCUUCACCGUCAGAUCGCAUCCAUUUGUGGUGGACCCUUUCAGUGGCACCAUCAGCCUCUUGAAGAAACUCAACCACACCCGCAGCGAGCGAUACGAGCUCACCGUGUUAGCAGAGGACAGAACCAAGAAGAUCGCUGGUGUUCAGAAAUUCGGCAAUGUCGCCAAGGUGAGCGUGACAGUGCAAAAAGCUGCUGCGCCAUCGCCGGCCAUUAAACUUCCCGCCGAGCCGUCUAUCUCCGUAGACGGCACGGUGACGAUCAGUGUCCGCGUCGAGGCGGGCCUCAAGCCUGUCGCAUCUCUCCGCAUCGUUGCCGGUGAUCCUCACAAGUACUUUGAGGUCAUCCCUGAGGGAUCGCAGGGAUGCCACUUCCAAGUAGUCUCGACCAAGAAGAUCAUCUGGUCACAAAGUCCCUUUGGGCUAAAUCUGUCCCUACAAGCUCAAGACAUCAGCUCCCCCAGUUUGACAUCCCCCAUUACUAAAAUCCACGUUCCCGCCUUUCAUUACCGCCCCAUGUCGUUCUUGGAAGACACCUACAAUGUUGUCCUCAGUGAGAUGUCUCCGCCGAAAACCUUCGUUGCGAAGGUUUCAGUUGAUUCAGUCAAUGUUACGUACAGUGUUAAAACAAAUUCAGACAGCUCUAAAUUCAAGAUACAUCUCAAAAGUGGGGUCAUCGUUACCAGGGAGACGUUUGACUACGAGGGUCAGAAUCGCUACGAGUUUGACGUGCUGGCCAAUGAAGGUGAGGCUGAGGCUCACGUUGUGGUCAAUAUCGCAGACGAGAACGACAACAGUCCGGAGUUCACGCUUACCUCCUAUCUGGCCACGGUGGAUGAAAACAGCCCCGUCGGCAGCAACAUUGUGAAAGUAGAAGCGACAGACAAGGAUGACGGGAAAUACGGCUUUGUGACGUAUGCCAUCGCCAACGCAGACAACCAGCCAUUCGCAAUAGACCCCUUUACUGGCGUCAUCUCCGCUACAGAGCACUUGGACUACGAGCUAAUGAAGCGCUGGUACCACCUGAGGGUUUGGGCUUCAGACAGCGGCGAGCCGUUCAGUCGGGUCAGCGAGAGCUUUGUGACGAUCACUCUCAACAACGUCAACGACAAUGAGCCUCUUUUUGAGCGGGUGGGCUGUAAUGUCACCGUACCCCCAGAUCUUGCUGUCGGACGCACAGUCGUCGAGCUGUCGGCCAUCGACUUGGACGAGCUGCAGCAGCUGCGCUACGUCAUUGAGUCGGGCAACGAGCUCCAGAUAUUUGCUAUCAACUCCAUUUCGGCUGAGGUCACCCUGAAGCGAGCAAUUCCACCAGGUGUACAUUCAUUUGAUUUAAGAGUUGUAGCCUCCGAUGGUGAGCACCGCUCAGAGGCAUCGGUUGUCCGGGUGACAGUCACCAGCAGGGGCGAUGAGUUAAUAAUUAGCUGUCACGAAAAAUACCUUUUCAAACAGCUCACCGAAAAACUGAUCGAGUCAAUCAAACCCAUCUGGACUGACAACGAGGAAGAUUCCUUCUCCGAUAUUCACAUCACAAACAGACACUCCCCCAAAUUUGACACCGACAUUCCCAGCUCUCUGGAUCUUGCCGAGGAUUACCCGUUGAACUCCACGAUGGUCCACUUGGAUGCGUUGGACUACGACACGGGCUUCAAUGGCAUGGUCGUAUACGCCAUCUCAAGUGGAAAUGAGGAUGGCUGCUUCACCGUCGACACCUUCUCUGGCGACCUUCGUCUAGUUUGUCCGCUCGACCGAGAGAGUAAAGAGUUCUACGUUCUGAAUAUCACUGCCUAUGAUCAGGGAGCCCCGCAAAGGUCAGCGUGGAAGUUCCUCGCGGUGAAUGUCCUGGACGUCAACGACAAUCCGCCGCUUUUCGAUCAGCCUAGAUGUGUGAUUCGCAUCCCCGAAAACACAGACGUGGACUCAGUUAUUUUUACAGCACGCGCAACCGAUCUCGACGCGGAUGUGAGCGGGAACGUCGAGUACACCCUCCUGACGUCCACUGUCAUGUUUCGGAUUGACGCGGUGACAGGCGAGGUGGUGAUCACACUUCCUUUGGAUCGAGAAAGCUCACCCAGGCACGACCUCUGGAUAGAAGCAAGGGAUCAGUCCAAACUCAAUCCCCCAAUGGUCUCCACCCUCCACCUCGCGGUAGUGCUUCAGGACAUCAACGACAACCCACCCAUAUUUUUAACAAAGGUCUACAGAGUCAAAGUUCCUGAGGAUGUACCGGUGGGAACCUUACUGGUCUGGGUGGAGAGCUUGGACUCUGAUCUAGGAGGCGGUGGCCUCGUCACCUACAACCUUAAGAACACAGAGAGCGGGAUCUUCCGUUUGGAAUCCUCCACCGGUGCCUUGACUCUGGAGAGGGAACUGGACUUUGAACGACGUCCGUCAUACAAUCUCACCGUUCGCGCCGUCGAUCACGGUUUCCCGCGAUCUCUCUCGUCGUCCUGCUUUGUGGAGAUCCAGGUGUUGGAUGUCAACGAGAACCUCCACCGGCCGCUUUUUUCUGAGUUUGUAUAUGAGGCCGUGGUGAUGGAAGACGCUGCAGCGGGGACAGUGGUGCUCACUGUGACGGCCUCGGACAAGGACGUGGGCAGAGACGGCGUCAUCCGGUACCGCAUCCACGACGGUUCUGGUCUUGGAGUGUUCGCGAUUGAUGAGGAAACAGGUGUGAUCCGGAGCGCUCGGCCGCUGGACCGGGAAAAAGUUCCCCGCUACUGGCUCUCCGUGGUGGCCACCGACCUGGGUACCGAGCCCCGGGCCUCGUGGACGCACGUCUACGUAGACGUGCUGGACGUUAACGACAACCCCCCGGAGCUUUCCCAGCCCGUCUACUUCGCGGCCGUCCCGGAGAACGCGGACACCGUCACGCCCGUCGCCCUGGUGGUGGCCUCGGACGCUGACGCAUCCUCACAGGGGCGACUCUCUUUCCACAUGACGGAGUCGCAUCGGACGUACUUUGCCGUUGAUCACCAAACAGGUGUCAUCAGCACGGUGAGAGCGUUGGAUCGCGAGGAUAAAGCAGAGCACAGCAUCGAGGUCAUCGUGUCUGACAACGGUUCUCCGUCGCUGCACUCCACCGCCACCGUGGUGGUCCGCGUGCUGGAUGACAACGACAACCGGCCCAAGUUCACGGACAAACUUUUCCACGUCAAGCUGCCCGCUCAGCGUCGGCAGGACGGCCGCGUGGAAGUCUGUCGGAUGAUCGCGAGUGACGACGACGAGGGAUCCAACGCCGAAGUGAUGUACAAGCUACAAGACGACCACGACGGCAGUUUCCAAAUCGACCCGUUGACCGGUGUGGUGACGUCGCUUGGAGACUUCUGGCCCGCGAAUUACACCAUUCUCACGAUUAAAGCGACGGACGCGGGCAGCCCGUCGCUGUCGUCUGCGGCGAGGCUGGACAUCGAGUGGGCGUCGCCCGAGCCCCCCUCCGUUGAGCCCCUAGCCUUCGAUGAGCCCCACUUCACCUUCGCCGUCAUGGAAACGGAGCCCGUCACUCACAUGGUGGGCAUCAUCAUGACGGAGACCUAUCGGCUGCGCUGGUUCCGCAUCGUAGGCGGCGACGAGGAGAAAGACUUUGACAUCCAGAGGAACUCGGGCACCAUCUCCAUCGCCCGCCGCCUGGACGCCGCCCACCGCUCCAACUACAACCUGACGGUGCAGGUCACCGACGGCCACCACAGCGCCACCGUGCAGGCCUACGUCCGUGUUCUGGACAUAAACGAACAUCGACCCGUCUUCCUCAAGUCGCAUUAUGAGGUGAGGGUCCCCGAGGACACGGCGGCGUGGAAGGACAUCCUGCACGUGGUGGCGCGCGACGCUGACGCCAACAGCAAGCUGAUCUUCUCCAUCCACAGCAGCCUGCACCCUCACAGCCACAAACUCUUCCACCUGGACCCCAAGAGCGGCGUCCUGGCCACCACUGACAAGCUGGACUAUGAGACCAUCCCGCUACACACGCUUGUCGUCAUGGUGCGCGACCAGGAGAUCCCGGUCAAGAGGAACUUUGCCAAGGUGAUGGUGCAUGUGGAGGACUGCAACGACCACGCGCCCACCUUCCUCAGCACCCGCUACGAGGCCGCCGUCUCCAACGUGGCACCUUCUGGCUCCGAGGUGGUGCGCGUUAAAGCCCUGGACGGCGACGCGGGCAGCAAUGCCGAUAUUGCCUACUCCCUGCAUUCCGGAAACAUCAACAACAUCUUCUCCAUUGAUCAGGUCCUGGGCUCCAUCAGCGUGUCCAAACCUUUGGACCUUCAGCACCAGGACCCGUUCCACCUAACGGUGAAGGCCACCGACCAGGGCUUCCCUCAGCGCAGCGACAUCUGCUCCGUCCACAUCCACGUCCGCAUCUCUGACUACACCCCGCCUGUCUUCCACGAUGAGGAAUAUCUGGCAGAAAUCAGCGAGCUGAGCGGCUUGGGAACACACGUGGUCACCAUCUCUGCUUUCAGCCCAGCCGCGGUGCAUUACGGGAUCGAAAGCGGCAACCCUAACGGAACAUUUUACAUUGACCGAUAUGCUGGCUUGAUAACAAUCGGAAAGCAGCUGGAUUUUGAGACCUGCGCCUCCUACACGCUCAACGUUUCGGCGUCCACCAGUUCCGGCGCUGUGUCCAGGACGGCAGUUUUCAUCUACGUGAUGGAUGAGAAUGAUAACACCCCAACAUUUGCGCGGGGCGAGUACACGGGACGGAUAAGUGAGGAGGCACAUGUCAAUGGCCUUGUGAUGUCGGAAGAAAACAUGCCUUUGGUCGUCGAGGCUUCAGAUGCGGACCGAGAUGCCAACGCGCUGCUCGUCUACGAGAUCCUGGAAAAGGAGGCCGGGAAAAUGUUCAGGAUCGACGCCAGCACAGGUGCAAUCUCGCUAGCGGCGUCACUAGACUUUGAAAGCGUCGCUGAGUAUCGCUUCAGCGUGCAGGUGAGGGACUCGGGGGAACCAUUGUUGUAUUCAGCGCAGCCCGUCAAGGUCACCGUGCACGUCCUGGAUGUGAACGACGACCCGCCACAGUUCACUGCUGCCUCCUACGAGUCGUCCGUUCUCUUCCCACCGGUCCUAGGCACGGAGGUGGCAAGGGUGGCGGCCCCCGACGCUGACUCAGCAGUCUCGUACAGCAUCGCUGAAGGGAAUCUCCACAGCACCUUUUCCAUUCAUCCCACAACUGGAGUCAUCACCGUUAGCAAUGUGUCGACGUUUAAGCCAUUUUACCAGCUGGUAGUCACCGCCUCAGAUGGCCUUCACAGAGAUUCCGCCAUUGUCAGGGUGAACAUGACCAAUGUCACCAAGAGUGGUCUGAACCUCCAGCAAAAAACAUAUUCGGUGAGUGUUUCAGAAAACCUGAACAGUGUGAAAACGUUAGUGGCACUCAAACCGAUAGGGUGUUACCUAAACGAGCCUCUGUCGUACUCCCUUUUGAAUCCUGUGGGGAAAUUUGCAAUCUCCAAAACUUCCGGCGUCAUGGAAACCACUGGGGUGCCGUUUGACCGCGAGGACACAGACGCCUAUGACGUGGUGGUGAUGCUACAAGACACAAGAACUCCGCCAAGGACGGCUACCGCUCUGGUCAAAGUCUUUAUAGACGACGUCAAUGACAAUUCGCCUGUGUUCCUCAACCUGCCAUUCUCGAUGACGAUAUCUGAGGACGCGGAACCGGGAGAUGUAUUAUAUCAGGCCACCGCCAGGGACAGAGAUCUGGGUGAAAAUGGAUCCAUCGUAUACUCCCUGGAGGAUGAUUAUGACCUCUUCAGGAUCGAUCCAGACAUAGGUGACAUCUCCCUUAAGAGGCCUCUUGAUUUUGACGCUCUGAGCAAAUACAUGCUGACCAUCCUGGCGGUGGAUGAGGGAGAUCCUGGUCACAUUACUGAGGCACAGCUCAGUAUUCAAGUCAGGAACCGGACUAACCCAGUUUUCCAAACGCUUUCGUACCCUCUGAAAGUCCCUGAAACCGUUCCCCCCUUCACCACUAUCUUGCACGUACUGGCCAGUAACCCCGAAGGCUAUCGCCUGAUUUACAACCUGGUGGAGGAAAAUGCCUCCAAGCACUUUCAUAUUGACUUCAAGACGGGUGCGUUGACGGUCACCAACCCUCUCGACUAUGAGAGCCAGACCCUGCACGUGCUGACUGUGCGAGCCACCGAUUCUGUGAGUGGUGCCUUUUCUGAGGCGUCUAUCGAAGUGGAAGUCGAAGAUAUGAACGAUAACGCCCCCUUCUUCUCCCAGGAAAAGUACACGGCCAGUAUUGCGGAGGGGCUUCCCGUUGGCUCCUCAGUUCUGCAGCUGUCCGCCUCCGACUUAGACUCUGGCAGGAAUAAAGAGUUUACGUUUCACAUGAUGAGAAUGGAAGGCAACGAAAGCGAUUUCUUCGACGUAGACCAUCAGAGCGGAUUGAUUUUCACGAAGCAAGUGCUGGACCACGAAAGCAAAGAUCACUUCCAGUUGAAAAUUCAAGUCAUCGACAACGGCACCGUCGCCCUCAGCAGUGAGGCUGUGAUCUUGGUAACUGUCACCGACGUCAACGACAAUCCCCCGGACUUUGUCAGCUCUCAUUUCCAAGCUUCGCUGGACGAGUCAGCAAAGUGCGGCCACAUCGUCAUCAAGAUUCAAGCGUCCGAUCCGGACGUCGCAGACGCCAACCGCCUCAAGUACAAAAUCCUCUCAGGCAACGAAGGCCGCUACUUCAACAUUAAUGAGUCAUCUGGGAUCAUAUCCUUCUCCAACAUCUGCAAGAGGAACCUGGAUCCGUACUACAACCUUACAGUGGCAGUGUCGGACGGCGUGUUCCAGAAGAGUGCGCCGAUCAACAUCGACAUGAUCAGUAGCAACAGACACAGCCCAUACUUCCGACAGAGCACCUAUGAGGCGGAGCUUACUGAGAACGCCGAGGCAGGUACCCGCGUGAUCCGGCUGGCUGCCAUUGACCCCGACGAUGGGCCUUACGGCAGUGUGGACUACACCAUCAUAAACAAGCUGGCGGACGAGAAGUUCGCCAUUGACGCUAAUGGGCAGAUUGUCACCACACAACCACUAGACAGAGAAAACCCAGACCAGAGGGUAAUCGCCAUCAAAGUGAUGGCAAAAGACGGCGGCGGUAAAGUGGCCUUUUGCACUGUGAAGAUCAUCCUGGCGGAUGACAAUGACAACGUCCCGCAGUUCAAAACAUCCGAGUACCACGUCGCCAUUCAAUCAACUGUCAACAAAGGCUCGCCUGUUAUUCAAAUCAUGGCGUACGACGCAGACGACGGCAAAAACGCCGACAUCACCUACACCGUAGAUGAAGUGGGGGGGGCGACGGAGGACAUCAUCGAGAUCAACCCGUUCACCGGUGUGGUAAAUGUCAAGGAAAGCCUGCUUGGCAUGGAGAACAGGAUCUUCAACUUCAAGGUAAAGGCCCGUGACGGUAGCCUGCCAUUCUACAACUCCACCGUCCCCUUGCGGGUCAAAGUGCUCCCCCCCGAGAUUCCUCUGCCUAAGUUUGUAGAGCCUCUGUACACAUUCUCCACCGCUGAGGACACCCCCGUCGGUACGGAAAUUGGUUCGGUGAAAGCUGACUCAAACUUACCGCUCAUUUACAGCCUGGUCGACGGCAACACAGUGGAGAGCAACAGAGACAAAGUGUUCAGCUUGGACAAAGAAAGUGGGACAUUGCUGCUGGAGAAGACCGUGGACCACGAGAGGACCAAGUGGUACCACAUCGACGUGCUAGCUCAGGGUAACCACAAUGGCACGGACGUGGCCUCGCUGGUGUCGGUCAGCAUCCAGGUGCGAGACGUCAAUGACAACCAACCGGUGUUUGACGCCAACCCGUACAGGGCAUACCUGGCGGAGAACAUGCCCGCCGGAACCACCGUCAUUCAGGUGACCGCUAAUGACCCGGACACAGACACCAACGGUCUGGUCACCUACAGCCUGGAGUCGCUAGCCGACGACGACGUCAACAUCACUGACUUGUUCUCCAUCGACGGUGAUACCGGCUGGAUUGUGACGGUGCGCGAGGCCGACUGCGAGGCUUCCAGGUUGCACCGUUUCCACGUGCUGGCCACCGACCACGGUGGCGACGCCAAGCUGUCGUCCAGUGUCCUGGUGGAGGUGACGGUGACAGAUGAAAACGACAGCCCGCCGGCAUUCUCAGAGCACGCCUACCACGGCUCAGUGGCAGAGAACAGCCGCCCAGGCGAGGUCAUUGUCUCAAUGACGACCACUGACGAAGACGUGUCGCUGGAGAACCGCCUUGUGACAUGCUACAUAACAGAUGGAGACCUGCUGGGCCAGUUUGCCGUGAUCCAUCGUGAUGAGGGCGAGUGGGGUUUAAUCGCCAAAGAGCCGCUGGACCGCGAGGCCAACGUUGCCUACGCACUCACCAUCACAGCCACUGACGGAAAAUUCCAGACGCCCAUCGGCGUGCACGUGGACGUACUGGACCACAACGACAACACGCCGCAGUGCAAACAGCUCGUGUAUUCGGAGGAUCUGAUGGAGAAUUCUCCGCCCAGCACAUUUGUUUUGAAGGUGUCGGCAUCAGAUGCCGAUGAGGGCCCGAAUGCUCAGAUCUCCUUUAGCAUGCACGGUCCCGACGCAGACCAGUUCCAUUUGGAUCACGUCACCGGCGAGCUGUUCACCUUGGCCGUGCUGGACCGUGAGUUAGUGUCGGAGUACAAGAUGGUGGCACGCGCGACGGACGGCGGCGGGCUGUCCUGCCAGGCGGACAUCUUAGUAAGGGUGCUGGACAUGAACGACAACGCCCCGCUCUUCUCGUCCAGCCAUUACCGCGUCAGCGUGUAUGACAAUACUACCAAGAGCACACCCGUCUCGGCCGUCUACGCCCACGACAUAGACGCAGGGCUAAACUCAGAGGUGCGGUAUUCCCUGCUGGAGGGCGACGGCGGUUACUUCUCCCUGGACGAGUUUUCCGGCAUCCUGCGUCUGGAGCGAGCAAUCAGCCACGACACGCCGCCACGCUUCCAGCUGAAGGUGAAGGCAUCGGACGGCGGCCCGCUUCGCCCGCUCCACUCGGUGGCCGCGCUCACGGUGGACGUGGUGUCCCUAAAUGACUACCGGCCCGUCUUUCCCAACGCCGAGUACUCCGCCCUAGUCCCCGAGUCGCUGGCCGUUGGCUCUCAAGUGCUCAGCGUGUCGGCGCUUGAUGGGGACGCCUCGGUGAUGUACCGCAUCGCCUCUGGGAACGAGGACGGCCACUUCUCGUUGGACUCCAAAACAGGCGUGUUGACCUUAGCCGCCCCGCUGGACUUCGAGGUGUCCCGGGAGUUCUAUCUGUCGGUGGAGGGCAGCCGAGGCCGCUCAUCGUUGGCCGACGUCACCAUGGUGGUGGUCACCGUGAGGGACAUCAACGACAACGCUCCCGUCUUCGGCCGUGGCGACUACAGCGCCGAGAUAUCCGAGGAGCGAGUCCCGGGAAGCCUGGUGAUCAAGGUGACAGCCAGCGACCGAGACGGUCCGCCCAGCAACAACCUGCUGCGUUUCUCCAUCGUGAGCGGCGACCCUCUGCGCCAGUUCGCCAUCGACCCUCGAAGCGGCGAGAUCAGCGUCUGCGCCGGCCUGGAUCGAGAAGAGCGUCCUCAUUACUCGCUGACAGUGCAAGCCGCCGACGAAGGCGACCCGCCGCUUUCCUCCGCCGUCCUCGUCACCAUCACAGUCGCCGACGCCAAUGACAACCCGCCGGUUUUCUCCCAGGUCCAGCACAGUCUGCUUUUACAGGAGGGCGAGGCAGUGGGCAGCGGUGUCCUGCAGCUUGUGGUGACCGACAAGGACACACCCCGCAACGGACCGCCCUUCACCUUCCACAUCGUCAGCGGCAACGAGGACCGCCGCUUCCACCUGGACCAGGGCGGCCUACUGUCACUGUCAGCCCCGCUCAGGAGGACGAGCCGAGCACAGCGCCGCCUCAAGAUUCAGGUGACGGACAGCGGUCACCCUCCGCUCUCCUCCAUCUGCGCGGUCACCAUCAACGUGACCGAGCAGAGCAAAUACCCACCCUCCGUGGUCCCACUGGAGGUCUUCAUCACCACCUUCGGGGGCCUUUUUGCCAACCGCCUCAUCGGCCGGCUCCACGGCUCCGACCAGGACCCCCAGGACGCUCUGGCCUACACGCUGGUCUCCGAGGACCCCGUCGGGCGCCGCUUCUCCGUGGACCGGGCUGACGGUAAAAUCUGGACGGAUGAGAACCUGGAGGAGGGUUCCUACACACUCAACGUCAGCGUGACGGACAGCAGGUUUAGCGUCUGGACGGCGGUGAAGGUCCACGUGUGGUCGGCCACUCAGGGGGCGCUGGACUCGGGCAUGACCCUGCGGCUGCCCGGUAUCUCCCCGGAGGAAUUUCUGGCCGAUCAUUGGCGAGGCCUCCAGCGUAGCCUGGCACAAGCGCUGAGCUUCCCCCGACAAGAGCUGCACCUGGCUAGCCUGCAGAUGCUACCCAACGUCCCGACUCUGGAGGUUCUGCUGGUCUGGAGGCCUCAGAAUGGAGUCGGGCCACUACUGACCAACAAACUAGCAGGCAUCCUGUCGGACAUCGAGGACUCUCUGGGCCUGGACGUCGUCCAGUUGAGCCACAACGGCUGUCUUGGUACCGGAUGUCCGCCGAGGAGCUGCAGGAACGCCAUCCACAUGCCAGGAGACACCAUGAGCCACUUCAGCACCGCCAGACUGGCCUACAUCACGCCGCGACACCGCUGGGAGAGCGUCUGUCCGUGUAACGAAUCGGCGCUAAGGUUCAAAGACGAGGGCUACCUCAAGUAUAUCCACGGCAUGGAUGAGGACCAGCAGGACUUCACUGUCUCCCUGAGCUUCAGGACCUUCCAGCAAGAUGGUCUCCUCAUGCUGGCCAACGGCACCGACUGGGGAAGCUUGCAGGUGAGCGGCGGCCGUCUUCACUUCUCCUUCAGCUGCGGCGGGCCGCCUCCGUCCCGGCUGGCCCCGGCCUCCCCCGCGGUGUCGGACGGCCUCUGGCACCGCGUCCUCCUGGAGGUGACCGCCGCGUCCUUGAAGCUCACCUUGGACCGCCGGCCGGCCGUCUCCGCCGACCUGCCGUCGCCGUGCCGCCUGAUGCGCUCCGGCGGGGUCUUGCUCUUCGCCGGGCGCCGAUUCCGCGGCUGCCUGGAGCACCUGGAGCUCGACGGGGAGCCGAUCGGAGCGGGGGACGCGUCGGAGUGGUCGGGUCUGGGCAGGAGGCGGGUGUUUGGGGUCUACGAGUGCUGCGGUAGGGCGGGACCCUGCGACGACAACCCCUGCCAGAACGGAGGCACCUGCCACGAGGACGGAAGCGGAGUGUUGCGCUGCAGGUGCGCAGGCUUGUUCCACGGCACCCGUUGCGAGCGGGAAGACAACCCGUGCGCCUCCCAUCCGUGCACCCGCGGCCGCGUUUGCGUGCCCAAGGAGCAAGGAUACAUGUGCAACUGCUCCACGGAACAUGCCGACGCUAGGUGUCACGACGGCGCCGACGUGUGCUCUCCCGACCCGUGUCCCGGCGGUUUCCUGUGCCGAGACUCUUCCGGAUCCUUCCACUGCGACCCUCUGCCGCAGGUGUCGCCGGCGGUGGGCUACGUGGAGAUGAUGGAGAUCGGCGCCGGCGUGCUGUGCCUGCUGCUGCUGGUGGCCGGCUUCGUUUGCGGGCGGAAGCGCUACGUCCAGCGGAAGAAGCGCAAGAACGAGAACGACGCCGACGGCUACUCGACGUCCAAGAGCCCGAAAGGUCGCGAUCGGAACGGCGGCCACACGGAGCUGAGCUGCAUGACGUCGUCCGCCGACGACCUCGACCGCUCGCCCUUCCGGUCGCUGCGUCCCGGCGGCCGAGCGCCGGCCGUCAAGUCGCACGGACCGGCGGUCUGCAGCGUGGCCCCCAACCUGCCCGUCAGACCCCCGUCCUGCUCCGACAACGACUCGGUCAAGAAGACCCACUGGGACCUUGACUAUGAAGUUUAUCCCGCUGAUCCCGACUACUUCGGGCGCCCCGUGGCCGCCGCCCAGGAGUUCCCUCAGUUUGACAUCGUGGAGGACGUCUACAUGUCGUCCGCCGUGUCGGACUCGCGCCGUAACUCUCGCUUCGGCGGCUUCCCGUUCCCGCUGGAGCGCUCGGAACGCCGCGCCCCGCUGCCGCCGUGCUACGGCAACGGGAACCUGGACCGCUUCCUGGACCCCGACGGCGUCCCGCUGCCGCGAACCCGGUGUUCCGACGCGUACGCCGAGACCGGCUACUACCCGGCGAAGCACGCCGGCGGCUCGGACGACGACGCGGCGGGCUAUAAGCGGGUCAGCGUCCGGCUCGGCGUGUCCGGGUCGCCCUACGCCGAGCGGGCGGGGACGCCGCCCAACGUGGCCCGCCCGCAGACGCGCCCCAGCGGGACCGGCAAGCGCAGCUACGACGGCGCCAGCCUGCUGGAGAGCGACUACGGCAGCUGUGAGGAAGUCAUGUUUUAAGACAGCUUGUUACGGGAUUCCGAGGCGGGACGGCGUCACGGCAGCUUGACGGGACAACCUGGAUGUUUUAUUUUGAAACAACCUCUCCUUUGUCAGACUUUUCCCGACCAGCAAAUCCGGUCCCGAGCUCAUCAUUCAAUGUCCUGUCAAAACUGACAGGAAGGGGAAAUUCGGCGAGUUGAAACUGGCAGGAAGUUCAAAUUGACAGGACACUGACAGGAAGUUGACGGUGACAGGAAAGGGACACUCACAGGAAGUGGAAACUGACAGGAAGUAAACGCUGAGAAGUUGAAACUGACAGGAAUUGACAGGAAGUGGACACUGACACCAAGUGAAAACUAACAGGAAGUGCCCACCAGGAGCAAGUAGAAACUGACAGGAAGUUGAAAUUGACAGGAAGUGGACGCUGACAGAAGGUUGAAACUGACACAAAGUGGAAAGUGACAGGAAGUGGACGCUGAAUGGCAUAAUGACAAAGCGAGGCGUCGCCGACAUUUUGUUCUGAGUACUUCCGCGAGCUGCCGUUGCCAUGACGGCGGGCGGCUCGUUACGGAAUGUCCCGUCCACGAUGUCGUCAGCAUUUCGAAUUAGGAGGCUGGAUCCUCCGAACAAGAAACAAAAUGGAUGUCGAAAAGUUUCUCCAAUGAAGUGUUAACGCCCGACUGAUUCUCUCGUACAAAAACAAUGUCUAGGUUUUUAUUUUUGACGUUUGACAGGUUAGCAUUAUAAUUAAACCACAUUUUCUCCUUGUGUCCUUUCACAUUAAAAGACUCUAUGAAGAUUUGAACAUGCAGUAAUAAUUUCGAAAUAAGAGUAUCCAUUUUCAUUACAGCAUUAAUUUCCUGCUCCGAUGAGUCAGACUGACUUGGUAAAUGAAAGGUUGAGCUUUUAUUUUGAAAUCCCAGAUGUACUCGCUCGCACCGAAUUUUCACAGCGCACCGGAAACUGUUUCGAAACGGAAUUUUAGUGUUGUCAUUUCUCUGCAACGGUUUGGUGUCCUUUCACUACAAGAGCUUUGAAUCAAAAAAUGUCAAAUCCCUGUUCAGUAAAACGGCUGAUUCUUUUAUUUUGAAAUCCCAGAUGCACUUCCUUUGUCCCAAUAGCAGAAUUUUCACAACAGGAGCUUCAAACUGAGAGCGGCAACUCACUUUUAUCGUUGUCGUUUCUCUGCAACUGGUGUCCCUUCACAUUAAAAGCAAAGACUGAGCCGCAAUCCGGAUUUCAGAAUAAAAGCAUUUUUCCUUACAUCCGCAUGUAUUUCGCACUUUUUUGGGGGACGGAAAUGUGUUUUGCGAUGAUGUGAAGUGUUGUUGUGUGUAUAAACGUGUAUUAUUGUUGUUUUGCGAUAUUGUGUUGAAUGUUUAUUUUGUUCCAAUCACACAUCAGAAAGUUUAUUUUUGUAAUGUUUCUUCGCUGUGAGAUUUGUACUACUUUGAUGUACACGCCAAAUAUGAAUAUAGAAAUAAAGACAUCGUUACAUCAGACCGCGGUGGCUCGAUCAA